AUGGAGAGCCCCCACGAGCAUCAACAGACGGUGCUACUUUCGCGCAUCAUCACCAAUGUGACUGACCAGAGGUGUCAGGAAAAACUGAAUGAGGCUAUUAUGGUCAUGAACAAGAGUCUUCAGGAAGUCAACAUCCAGAACAUGAACGUUGAGCUGGUCGCACAAAUGUUCAAGAACUAUCAGUCGAAUGUUCUCUUCCACCUUGAAGCCACUGAGAAUCUUAAGGAGCCCUCUUCAUGA